AUGAGUGCUGAGAAACCAAGUGAAAAAGAAACACUACCCGCAUUUGCAAGUCGAUUGAUUUCGUCGCUGACCAACCGAUGGAAAGACGUAAACAAAGAAGAAAUCGCCGUAGCAACAGUACUCGCUCACUUGUCACAGUUCGAGCCGCGACUUCAGCGCAUGGCAUUUACUACGAACAUUACAUCGAGAGAGAAAUUACAACAAGAACUGAGUGCUUUUUCACAUCUCAAGCGCAAAAUAAACACCACCAGUGAGUUGUCAAAUACAACUGACGUGAAGCGAGCGAGGCUGACCCAAGUUCAGUGUUAUAACAGUGGCAAAAGUGGUCAUAAGCGAGUUGAAUGUAGAAGUAAAACGAUUGACACGAGAGGACGGCCUACACCUACAACAUCGUCGAGUCAAGCAUCGCAGCAGCCGGCAGCCAAGACCUUGGUUAGCUUUAAAUGUGGCAAGCCGGGUCACAUCGCCGCGCGGUGCAACAGCAGCAGCCACGGCGGCAGCGGACCCGCCGUCGGCGGCGCACACGGCGGCGAGCGACGCGUUGACGUCUGCACGGUGCAGCCACCGUCCGGGACAUUAAUACACAGAGGUGAAUUAAUUCAGUUUACAUAUGAUUCUGGUGCUGAAUGCUCGUUAGUUAAAGAAAGUUUUUCAUCAAAGUUCAGUGGCAAGCGCCACUAUAAUGUUGUUGCUAUGACUGGUAUUGGUAAAACACAAGCAUUCAUUACAGAACAGAUUUUAUGUUGUGUAACGAUUAACGGUCACCCUCUAGAAAUCUUAUUACAUGUUCUGCCUGAUAGCUAUUUGCAAAGUAACGUUAUGUUAGGCCGUGAGAUUUUAAAUCGUGGUUUCGCGGUAAAUAUGACAGCUACCGAGCUUUCGUUCACUAAGGUUUGUUGUGUAUAUUCGAUCAGUCAAAAUAGUGAUAAUACAUUACGAUUAGAUUUAAUUACGACGGGUGUGUCUGGUGAAAACAAAUCUAAACUAUUGGACGUGCUUAAUCAGUUUUCUGAGUAUUUUAUUACCGGUUUACCUACAACGCGUGUAAACACAGGCGAGCUUAAGAUUAAAUUAAUUGAUUCGAAUCGAACGGUGCAGCGGCGACCGUAUAGAAUGUCAACAGAAGAACGUAGUAUUGUACGCAAACGUGUAAAAGAGUUAUUAGAAGCUAAUAUCAUUAGGCCUAGUUGUUCUCCAUUCGCGAGUCCGGCAUUGCUAGUAAAGAAACAUGACGGCUCCGAUCGUAUGUGUAUAGAUUACCGCGAGCUUAAUAGUACCACCGUCUCCGAUCGUUACCCGCUCCCUCUUAUUUCUGACCAAAUUGCGCGACUUCACGGUGCCAAUUAUUUUUCUAAAUUAGAUUGCGCUAGUGGUUUUCAUUUAAUUCCGGUUAGUGAAGAUUCCAUAGAAAUGACUGCUUUUAUAACAAAUGACGGACAAUACGAGUUUUUAACUAUGCCUUUUGGCUUAAAGAACGCUAUCUCAGUAUUUCAACGGGCUAUUAUGAAUGCUCUAGGUGAUCUAGCUCAUGAUUACGUGAUCGUUUAUGUCGAUGACAUUUUGAUAGUUUCUCCCGACGUAGAGUUAGGUUUACAGAGACUUUACACUGUAUUGGAAGUUUUGACUAAAGCUGGUUUCUCUUUGAACCUCAAGAAGUGCUCCUUCCUCAAGACGAAGGUAGAGUUCUUGGGAUUCGAAGUAGAGUCCGGUCAGAUUAAACCCAAUCGUAGAAAGGUAGAGGCCUUAACUGCUUUACCACCCCCUGAAACGGUGACUCAACUACGACAGUUUAUAGGUCUAGCGUCUUAUUUUCGACAGUUGAUUAAAGAUUUCUCUAAAAUAAUGGCUCCCUUGCACCGAUUAACUUCAUUGAAAGGCGAAUUAAAUUGGAAACCUGAACAUGAAGUCAUUCGUCAAAAAGUAAUUUCUGUUCUAUCGAGUGACCCUAUAUUAUCGAUCUAUGACCCCGAGCUUCCAGUAGAGUUGCAUACAGACGCGAGUAGUUUAGGCUAUGGAGCAAUCUUAUUUCAAGUCAAAGAUAAUAAACGUAGUGUAGUAGCUUAUUACAGUAAAAGAACAUCUCCAGCAGAAAGCCAGUAUCACUCGUACGAUCUUGAAACUCUCGCUGUUGUAAAUUCGAUCAAGCAUUUUAGGCAAUAUCUUCAUGGCAAAAAGUUUACCGUCUUUACUGAUUGUAAUUCGUUAAAAUCUUCUCAAACGAAAAAGGAACUCACUCCUCGGGCGCAUAGAUGGUGGUCCUUUCUACAGUCAUUCGAUUUUGAUGUCGUAUACAGAGAGGGAAAACGUAUGUCGCAUGUAGACUUCUUCUCGCGAAAUCCUUUGUCUCUUGAUUCAAAAGCAGUAGAUCGUGUUAGUCCAAAACGCGUUGACGUAACUGAGCUUUCCCCUAACUGGCUCCAAGCGGAACAACAGUGCGACGCUGAGAUUUCAAAAAUAAUUACUGACUUAGAAGAAAAUCGUUUAGAUGAACAAUUAGCGAAAACUUAUGUGUUACGGUCAGAUGCGUUUACGAAGUACGUGUUGCUCUUUCAUUCGACAAACAUUGACUCUAAAAGUAGCAUUCACGCCGUAACUAAAAGUACAGCUCUAUUUGGUGCUCCAAGUCGCAUAAUAGCCGACCAAGGACGUUGUUUUGCGAGUAAGGAAUUUCGUGAUUUUUGUGUUAGUAAAAAUAUUGACUUACAUCUGAUAGCGGCCGGUUCAUCUCGUGCCAACGGUCAAGUAGAGAGAGUUAUGAGUGUUCUUAAAUCAAUGUUAACUGCGGUAGAAACAAGCGGUGAUAAAUCGUGGCAGGAUACUAUAAGCGAGGUUCAACUAGCAAUAAAUUGUACGAUGAAUAGAGUUACAAAAGCUUCUCCACUUGAACUUUUAAUCGGGAAAGUUGCAAGACCGUUGUCAUUGAUGUGUAGCGAAAUAGAGACCGAUGUUGAUUUGAACGAAAUUCGCGAUCGCGCGGCUGAGAAUAUAACAAAAGGUGCGGAAUAUGAUAAGGCUCGAUUUGAUAAAACAAAGGCUAAAAUUAAGAAUUUUGCAGUAGGUGACUUUGUAUUGUUAGAAAACGAAGAACGGAACCAAACAAAGUUAGAUUCGAAGUAUAAAGGUCCGUUUAAGGUGAUUGAGGUUUUGGAUGGUGAUCGUUACAUGUUAAAGGCUUUAAAUUCAAAGCGUACGUACAAAUAUGCACACGAUAGGUUAAGAAAGAUGCCAGCAGGUCAUUUACCAGUCGAUGUUGAUGUUGAUGAUAGCUGUAACGGUAUUGACGAGUAA